AUGGAAGAAGAUACAAUACCCUCCACGUCUGGAGAACAAAUACCAAUUGCUACAGUUUCUUAUGAUGUCACAAAACUUCAAGCACAUCUUAAUAAACUUCUCCCUUUGCUCUUAGAUGCUGAUGGAGAAGAAUUACAAAAUUCUUUGUGGAAUGUUGAAGAAAACGAACUUACUUAUAAUCAAAAUAAUGUUGCCUGCGUUGCCAUCAUUAAGCAAGGAACUACUUUGGAUUCCACUCGUACCGUUCAAUCACAAAUUCAAGUGAUUAACUUACCCGGUCCAUCUUCCAGUGACACUGGAACAGCUGAUGUGAGCCCAUAUGAAGCAUUAUAUUCUUAUAUCCAUUCUGCUGUCACUCCAUAUUUCGAUGCCUAUGUAAUUGCGAAAGGUACAAAUUCUGAAGGUGUCGUAAAUACGAGUACUAAAAAAUUUGAUGAUACUAAAUCUGGGAUAUCUUUGGCAAAAAAGAAGAUCAUUGAGCUAGAAUUGGCACUUCUUAAUUUGCAACAAAAUGUUGAAAUUCCCGAGAUUUCUCUCAACAUUCAUCCCGUUGUUAAAGCAGUUAUUGAUAAAUGUAAACAAGAAAAUAAACGUAUUUCAGUGGAUAUGAUUGAUUCUUCACUUCUUACGGAUUCAUCAUUUUUAAAUAAACUUCAAGGAGAUGUAAACGGUUGGGUAAAAGAGAUCCAAAAGGUUACCAAAUUAAAUCGUGAUCCUUCCAGCGGUAAUGCCAUUCAAGAAAUCAAUUUCUGGUUAGGCAUGGAAGUUGCUCUUGAAGAUAUCAAUGAACAACUGAAAAUUCUUACUAUGGAUAUUCUCAAACACGCAAAACGUUUCCAUGCUACUGUAUCCUUCAUUGCCGAUACGGGGUUGAAGGAGGCUGUAGAGAAAGAUUUCCCUCUCAAUGAGUUACUCUCUGCACCUGAUGUAGCAAAAGUAAAAGAAUCAUUGCUUAUUAUAUUUGGACAUUUCAUUAAAAAAUUGAGAUUAUCACCAUAUCCAAUUAAGAAAGCAUUGCUACUUGUUGAAGCAAUCUCUCGCGAUUUGAAUGAUCAAUUACUCAAAGUAUUAAGCGUUCGUAGAUUGAUGUAUAUGGAAUAUGAUGAGUUUGAAAAGAUUAUGUCUGGUGCUGAAGAAGUAUUCAGAACCUGGGAUGAAAUGAUCAAAGAAUUUACAAACGUUGCCCGUGAUGUCACACGCAAACGAUCAGACAAAUUUAUUCCAAUUAAAAUUAAUCCAGCACACGACAAGUUGCAAGAACGUGUCGCCUUUGUUCGUGGUUUUAGAAAGCAACAUGAACAACUUUAUCAAACAAUUAUUAAAGUUAUGGCUCAGCCUAAAGGAAAUACUAAGAUUGUGGUCGAAGGUGAUGACAAUGUAAUUCAAAAGAAGUCAGACAGUAUCAGCACGAAUGAAAUCGAUUCUUUGGAAGAAGUAAAAUUGGCAUAUGAAAGUGUUAAGGAUAUUGAUGUGCUGGAUGUAUCAAUUGAAGGUACAGAGGCUUGGAUGAAAGCAGAAAAUAAAUACAAUGAACGAGUUUCAAGAGUCGAAAAUCAGAUUAUAGCAAGCUUAAGAGAUCGUCUUGGUACUUGCAAGAAUGCCAACGAAAUGUUCCGAGUGUUCUCAAAAUUCAAUGCCUUGUUUGUUAGGCCAAAAAUUCGUGGUGCUAUUCAAGAAUACCAAACACAGCUUAUUGAAUCGGUUAAGGAAGAUAUUUCUAAGCUUCAAGCUAAGUUCACUCAACAAUAUCUUAAAUCUGAAGCAAAUCAUAUGGCACAACUUCGCGAUCUUCCUUCCAUCUCCGGUGCCAUGAUCUGGGCUCGUCAAAUUGAACGUCAAUUACAAACCUACAUGAAGCGUGUUGAGGAUGUUCUUGGUAAAGGUUGGGAAAAAUAUGCUGAAGGUCAAAAAUUACAAGUUGAAAGCAGUAACUUUAAAAGAAAAUUGGAUACCAGACCCAUCUUUGAAGCCUGGCAAGCUGAUUUUGCUAACCGCCGUGAUCUCAAUGUAACUGGUAGAUUGUUUGAAAUUACACGAAACCGUGCCCAAGGAAACAUUCUACAAUUAGGAGUAAAUUUUGAUCCACAAAUUAUCACCUUAUUCAAAGAAGUGCGUAAUUUAUUGUGGUUGAAUCACCAGGUCCCACACACAAUAAGUAGUCUUGCAAAAGUUGCUAAACGUGUAUAUCCUUUUGCAGUUAGUCUUAUGGAGACAGUAAGAACUUACGCGCAAACAGUUCAAAAAGUCAAGAAGCAUCCCGAAAUUAUUAUGCUUGUAGCUAGUUAUCGUAAUGAUGUACAGGGAAUGAUUACAAAAGGAAUUAAUUAUGAAUGGCGAUACUUUGUAGAAACUUAUGUCCGUACCAAUGUACAUAUUACCGGUGGGCCUAUGGAUCCACCAGAGAAUAAACAUGACAAAUUUGUAAGAGAUUUUGCUGAUAGUGUCUCAAAUUUUCAAGAUAAAGUCGAUACUUUAAUUACUAGUUACGAAGAUAUUACUCGUCACAUUGAGGAUCUUAAGACAUGUCCAUAUAAAUUGAACAAAUUCCAAACAAACUUGGAAAAAAUACAAAAAUUGAUCGAUCGUUUAAAUUUUGAAUCAUAUUCAAAUCUUAACUCUUGGGUUUCUCAACUUGAUAAUCGUGUUGAGGAAGUCUUAGCUAAUCGUUUACGACAGUCCAUUUCAGCAUGGACGACAGAAUUCAUGUCAUCUGAAGAUGAUUCUACCAGUGCUAGUGAAAUGAGAGAGGCAGUUUCUGUUAGCGGUAAAUCAAUGAAGAAAUCUAAGAGAAGAACCACUAGAAAUGAUUCAAUUGACGGUGAUAGACCAAUCAUUACAAAAGCUGAGAAACCAAACCUCGAAGUUUCCGUUCAUGAGGUUCGAAUCAGAAAUCAAGUAAUUUAUUUGGAUCCCCCAAUUGAGGACGCCCGAACAAAUUGGUAUAAUCAAUUGCAUGAAUGGCUUGCUGUUAUAUGCAAUUUACCUAGACUUCAAAGUUCCAGAUAUGAUAUUAAUCUACAAGUCAGAAGUUCUAUAACUCAAGAAACGACUUAUUCUAAUUUAUUGACAAAAAUACCCGACAGUUCACUUGAAAAAGCCUAUGAAAUAAUUGAGAAUAAACUAAAAGAAGUAUCUCAAUAUGUAAAUAUUUGGUUCCAAUUUCAAUCCCUUUGGGACCUCGAGGCUAAUUAUGUAUAUUCUAAACUUGGUGAUGAUCUCGUCAAGUGGAAACAAAUUCUCUCAGAGAUUAAGAAUUCUCGUUCAACAUUUGAUACAUCAGACACUGCUCGUUCAUUUGGACCUAUUUUAGUUGAUUAUGGACAAGCUCAAAGUAAAGUCAAUGCAAAAUAUGACGCAUGGCAAAAAGAAGUUCUUAACAAAUUUGGUAGCAAAUUAGGCGAAUUUAUGAAAGAUUUUAAUGCAAAUGUUUCCCAUGCUCGUAAAGAUCUCGAAAAUCGUUCUAUGGAAAGUAAUAGUACUAGCGAAGCAGUUACACUUAUUACUUUCGUUCAAGAGCUUAAAUUAAAAGUCGCAAAAUGGAAUCAAGAUGUUGAUAUGUUCCGUGAAGGGCAGAAAACUUUAGAAAGGCAAAGAUAUCAAUUCCCAAGUGAUUGGUUAUAUGUAGAACAAAUUGAAGGAGAGUGGAGUGCCUUUAAUGAAAUAUUGAACAGAAAAGACAAUGCAAUCCAGGAACAAAUUGCUGGACUACAAUCUAAGAUAGUUAAAGAAGAUGAAAAUGUAGAGGCAAAAAUCAAAGAAAUUGUUUCAGAGUGGGAUACCAAAAAGCCUAUUCAAGGCGAUAUUAAUCCUGAUACUGCGACAAACACACUUACAAUCUUUGAAGGUCGUGUUACUCGUCUUAAGGAAGAAUAUGAUAUGGUUUGUCGAGCCAAAGAAGCCCUUAACAUGGCUUCAUCUUCCGAAGCUCGCCUUGACCCCGUUCUUGAAGAACUUCGAGAUCUUAAAUCUGUUUGGGCUGCUCUUUCUAGUGUUUGGAAAUCUCUUAAAGAUAUUAAAGAAUUAUUAUGGUCAUCUGUGGUACCACGUAAAGUUAGACAACAAUUGGAUGGCCUUCUCACGACAACCAAAGAAAUGCCAAGUCGAAUGCGAUCCUAUGCUGCUUUUGAAUAUGUUCAAGAUUCCAUAAAACAAUACAUUAAAAUUAAUCCAAUUCUAGCCGAACUUAAAUCUGAAGCAUUAAAAGAUCGUCAUUGGAAAAUAAUAUUCAGGAAUCUUCGUUUAGAAGGACGCUUUAUAGUUUCUGAAAUGACAGUUGGUAAUAUUUGGGAUUUCGAUCUUAAAAAGAAUGAACAAGUUAUAAGGGAUGUGGUUACACAAGCCUCUGGUGAAAUGGCCUUAGAAGAAUUCUUGAAACAAGUCAAAGAAACAUGGACCAGCUAUGUUCUGGAACUUGUCAAUUACCAAAAUAAAUGUAAACUUAUUAAAGGCUGGGAUGAAUUAUUUACUAAAUGUAGUGAAAAUCUCAACUCAUUGACUGCCAUGAAGAUGUCACCUUACUACAAAGAAUUUGAAGAAGACGCUGCAUCUUGGGAAGAUAAAUUAAAUCGUGUUCACGUUUUAUUUGAUGUUUGGAUCGAUGUCCAACGUCAAUGGGUAUAUCUUGAGGGUAUUUUUAGCGGAAGUGCCGAUAUAAAACAUUUACUUCCAGUUGAAACACAACGUUUCCAAAACAUCAAUUCGGAAUUCUUGAAUGUUAUGAAAAAGGUUUACAAAUCGCCCUAUGUUCUCGAUGUAUUAAACAUUCCAACUGUACAAAAAUCUUUGGAACGAUUGUCCGAUCUUCUAUCUAAGAUUCAAAAAGCUCUCGGUGAAUACUUGGAACGCCAACGUUCAACUUUCCCUCGAUUCUAUUUUGUUGGUGACGAAGAUUUACUUGAAAUUAUUGGUAACAGUAAAGAUGUUGUCCGUAUUCAAAAGCAUUUCAAAAAAAUGUUUGCUGGUGUUUCCAAUAUUGUUUUAAAUGAGGACAACACUAUUAUCCUUGGUAUUGCCUCUCGCGAAGGUGAAGAAGUUCCUUUCAGAGUUCCUAUUGUUCUAAAGGAUUAUCCAAGGAUCAAUGAUUGGUUAACUAUGAUUGAAACUCAAAUGCGAAUUUCACUUGCUGAAUGUCUGACAGAGGCAUCGAUUGAACUAAAUACUUUUUACUUGGCUGAAGAAUUAGUCACAAAAACAUUUUUGGAUUGGAUAGAAAAAUUCCCAGCACAAUUGGUCGUUGUUGCCGCACAAAUAAUUUGGACCCAAACAGUUGAUAAAGCACUUAGUACUAUGGAACAAAAAGAUCCCAAUGAUCAAACCCCAUUAAAAGGAGCACUUGACUAUGUUUUACGAGCUUUAGAUGUAUUAGCCGAUACUGUACUUCAAGAUUUGACUCCUACUAAACGUAAAAAAUGUGAACACUUAAUCACCGAACUUGUACAUCAACGUGAUCUUCUCCGUCAAUUACUUAAUGACAAAAUAUCAACUCCAAAAGACUUUGAAUGGCUUUAUCAAAUGAGAUUCUAUUUCAAUGCUACCGUUGACGAUCCCUUAAAACGUUUAACUAUUAAUAUGGCUAACGCACAAUUUCAUUAUGGUUACGAAUAUCUCGGAGUUCCCGAUCGUUUGGUACAAACUCCUCUUACUGAUAGAUGUUAUUGUACUCUUACGCAAGCACUCGAAGCUAGACUUGGUGGUUCUCCAUUCGGUCCUGCAGGUACCGGUAAAACAGAAUCAGUUAAAGCUCUUGGUGUACAGUUGGGUAGAUUUGUACUUGUAUUCUGUUGUGAUGAAAAUUUCGAUUUCCAAGCUAUGGGACGUAUCUUUGUUGGACUUUGUCAAGUUGGUGCAUGGGGAUGCUUUGACGAAUUUAAUCGUCUUGAAGAAAGAAUUUUAUCCGCUGUAUCACAACAAGUACAGACUAUACAACUUGGUCUAAAAGCAGCUGUUGAAAAUCCUAACGCAGAAGUAGAAAUUGUUGGAAAGAGCUUAAAAGUUAAUACUAAUACUGGUAUUUUUAUUACCAUGAAUCCUGGUUACGCUGGACGUUCUAACUUGCCUGAUAAUUUAAAGAAAUUAUUCCGUAGCAUGGCUAUGACAAAACCUGAUCGUGAAUUGAUUGCGCAAGUUAUGUUGUACUCUCAAGGUUUCCGUACAGCCGAAACUCUCGCUUCAAAGGUUGUACCAUUAUUUAACCUUUGCGCCGAACAACUGUCACCACAAGCGCAUUAUGACUUUGGUCUUCGUGCCCUUAAGAGUGUGCUUAACAGUGCCGGUAACUUGAAGCGUGAACGUCUUCAGACACUCAGAGAAGCAAAUGCAAGUGAAGAAGAAUAUACCAUUAUCUCGGAACCUGUACCCGAACAGGAAAUUUUAAUUCAAAGUAUUCGAGAAACUAUAGUUCCUAAACUUGUCUCUGACGAUAUUCUAUUAUUAACUAGUUUGCUUGCCGAUGUAUUCCCUGGCGUUGAUUAUGUUCCAGUUGAUCUUGAUAAACUUACUGCCGAAAUUAAAAAUGUAUGCGCCGAAAAACGUCUUCUUGAUGGUGAAAUGUGGAUGGAAAAGGUUCUCCAACUUUAUCAAAUUCAAAAUAUUCAUCACGGUCUUAUGAUGGUGGGACCCUCUGGUUCCGGUAAAUCGACUGCAUGGAAAGUUCUAUUGGAAGCUUUAGAACGCGUACAAGGCGUAGAAGGUGUUUCUUAUGUCAUAGAUCCUAAAGCUGUUUCAAAAGAUGCUUUAUAUGGUACUUUGGAUCCAACGACUCGUGAAUGGUCUGAUGGUUUAUUCACUCAUAUCUUACGUAAAAUUAUUGACAAUGUUCGUGGUGAAAGUCUUAAAAGACACUGGAUUAUUUUUGAUGGUGACGUCGAUCCCGAAUGGGUAGAAAAUUUGAAUUCCGUAUUAGAUGAUAAUAAAUUACUUACUCUUCCAAAUGGUGAACGUCUUAGUCUUCCAUCCAAUGUUCGAAUCAUGUUUGAAGUUGAAAAUCUAAAAUAUGCUACUCUAGCUACCGUUAGUCGUUGUGGUAUGGUGUGGUUCUCUUCGGAAGUUAUUACACUUGAAAUGGUUUACCAUAAUUAUUUGGAAACUCUAAAAGCUGUACCAUUAGAUGAUAAUGAAGAAGAAGGGUCAGUUAAUCGCAGAACCGAAGGAUCAGAUGAUGCAGUAUCUCCUCAUCUUGCUGCACAACGAGCCAUCGCCUCUAUUCUCGCAAAACAUAUGAAUGACGAAGGAUUUGUUACAAAAGCUCUUCUUUUUGCAGAAAAAUUAGAACACAUCAUGGAUUUCACUUACGGACGUGUGCUAAAUACUUUAUUCUCUUUGUUAAACAAGAGUGUUCGUAAUGUAAUUGAAUAUAAUAAUACACAUCCCGAUUUUCCUAUGCCAAAUGAUCAUUUAGAGGCAUACACUACCAAACGCUUGGCACUCGGUGUCAUUUGGAGUUUCACUGGAGACGCAAAAUUGGAUCUCCGUACACGGCUUGGUGAAUAUGUUCGUGGAAUUUUAACUAUAGAUUUACCACCUGCUCAACCCGGAUCAUCUAUCAUUGAUUACGAUGUACAAAUUACUAAUGGUGAAUGGGUUUCAUGGACUGGAAAAGUUCCAGUUAUUGAAAUUGAAACUCAUACCGUUUCUGAAGCUGAUGUUGUUAUCCCUACAAUUGAUACAGUAAGACACGAAGAAGUAUUGUAUUCUUGGCUCUCUGAACACAAGCCUCUAAUGCUUUGUGGUCCUCCAGGUUCCGGAAAAACUAUGACAUUAUUUAGUGCGCUUAGGAAAUUACCGGAUAUGGAAGUAGUUGGUCUUAACUUUUCUAGUGCUACCACACCUGAAUUAAUUUUAAAAACAUUUGAACAAUAUUGUGAAUAUCGAAAAACACCAAAUGGGGUUAUUUUAUCACCUAUUCUUAUUGGUCGUUGGAUUGUUGUAUUUUGUGAUGAAAUCAAUUUACCUGCUUGUGAUCAAUACGGUACACAACGUGUUAUUUCAUUUUUGAGACAAUUGAUUGAAUAUGGUGGUUAUUGGAGAACUUCUGAUAAAGCAUGGAUUAAACUUGAACGUAUUCAAUUUGUUGGUGCAUGUAAUCCUCCGACUGAUCCUGGUCGAGUGUCAAUGACCCACAGAUUCCUUCGUCAUGCACCAUUAGUUAUGGUUGAUUAUCCCGGUGAAAUUUCUCUUAAUCAAAUUUAUGGCACUUUCGCUAGAGCUAUGUUAAAACUUGUUCCUGCUCUCAGAGCUUAUGCUGAACCACUUACUGCAUCAAUGGUGGAAUUUUAUCUUAUGUCACAAAAACGAUUCACUCCCGACAUUCAAGCCCAUUAUAUUUAUUCACCACGUGAAUUGACUCGAUGGAUGAGAGGUAUAUACGAAGCCAUCAAACCCAUGGAAACCCUAUCUCUUGAAGGAUUAGUACGUAUUUGGGCCCACGAAGCGUUACGAUUAUUCCAAGAUCGUCUUGUCACUGAAGAUGAAAGAAAAUGGACAGACGAUAACAUUGAUGCCACGGCGAUGAAAAAUUUCCCUAAUUUGAAUCAAAUAGAAGCUUUAAGUCGUCCAAUUUUAUUCUCAAAUUGGUUAUCUAAAACUUACAUUCCAGUUGAACGUGAAGAAUUACGUGAUUACGUAAAAGCUCGUCUCAAGGUCUUCUAUGAAGAAGAAUUAGAUGUUCAACUUGUACUUUUUAAUGAUGUAUUAGAUCAUGUUCUUCGUAUUGAUCGUGUGUUCAGACAGAUGCAAGGUCAUUUACUCUUGAUUGGUGUCAGUGGAUCCGGAAAAACUACAUUGUCUAGAUUUGUUGCCUGGAUGAAUGGACUUAGUGUAUUCCAAAUUAAAGCACAUAACAAAUAUACCGGAGAAGAUUUCGAUGAAGAUUUAAGAAUAGUUUUAAGAAGAGCAGGUUGUAAAAGCGAAAAAAUUUGUUUCAUCAUGGAUGAAUCCAAUGUUUUGGAUUCUGGUUUUCUGGAACGCAUGAACACUUUACUGGCCAAUGCCGAAGUCCCCGGUCUCUUUGAAGGGGACGAAUAUAACACUUUAAUGACAAGUUGUAAAGAAGGAGCUCAGAGAGAUGGCUUGAUGUUAGAUUCUCACGAAGAACUUUAUAAAUGGUUUACACAGCAAGUAAUGAAAAAUUUACAUGUUGUGUUUACUAUGAAUCCUCCCGAAGGUGGUCUCGCCUCACGAGCUGCCACAUCCCCUGCCUUAUUCAAUCGAUGUGUUUUAGAUUGGUUUGGUGAUUGGUCUGAUCAAGCUUUCUUCCAAGUUGGAAUGGAAUUUACUCAAAAUCUGGAUUUGGACCUUACUUCCUACAACCCCCCGACGCCAUUCCCUGUCGCUUAUCGCGGAAUGCCAGCUAACCCACCUCAUCGUUAUGCUGUUGUUAAUGCUAUGGCCUUUGUACAUCAAAGUCUUUAUGAAGUCAAUGCUAAAUUGAGUAAAAGACAGGGUCGUUACAAUUAUGUAACCCCACGUCAUUAUUUAGAUUUUAUUGGUCAUUAUGUGCGUUUGUUCAAUGAAAAACGUGAAGACUUAGAAGAACAACAACGUCAUUUAAAUAAUGGUUUGGAUAAAUUACGAGAAACUGUCACAACAGUUGAUGAACUUCGUAUAAGUUUAGAUAUAAAGAAAGCAGAGCUUCAAAAUAAAGAGAAAGAAGCGAAUGAAAAAUUAAAGAAGAUGGUUGCUGAUCAACAGGAAGCCGAAUCACAAAAACAAAAAUCUGAAGAAAUUCAAGUUGCUCUUGAAAUUCAAACAAAACAAAUUGAUGAACGUCGUUCCGUUGUAUUAAGAGAUUUAGCUAAUGCUGAACCAGCUGUUGAAGAAGCUAAGAAGAGUGUUCAAGGUAUUAAGAAGCAACAUCUUUCAGAAGUACGUGCUAUGGCUAACCCUCCUGAGGCAGUAAAAAUGGCAAUGACUUCAGUGUGUGUAUUGUUAGGACAUCCCGCAGAUACCUGGAAAAUGUGUCAAGCUGCUAUUAGAAGAGAUGAUUUCAUUACUAGUUUGCUUCAAUUCGAUACUGAUGUGAGAAUGACUAAAUCCAUGCGAGAAAAAAUGAAAAAUGAAUACCUUAGCAAGCCAGCAUAUAAUUACGAUCUAGUUAAUAGAGCCAGUAAAGCUUGUGGACCGUUAGUUAAAUGGGUAACUGCUCAAGUGAAUUACUCUGAAAUUCUAUUUAGAAUUGGACCAUUACGUGCAGAAGUGAACGAGUUGCAAAAAUCACAAGAAGAAACAAAACAAAAAGCCGUUAGUAUUCAAAAAAUGAUUCAAGACUUAGAAAAUCAAAUAGAAAUAUACAAAGAAGAUUACAGCAAUUUAAUUAGUCAGAAAGAAAAUAUUAAAAACGUUAUGUUGACUGUUAAGAAAAAAGUUGAUCGUAGUUUGACUCUCUUAUCAAGUUUAUCAUCUGAAAAAGAAAGAUGGGAAUCAGGAAGUCAAGCAUUUGAAACACAAAUGGGAACAAUUGUCGGUGACGUUCUGCUUUCAGCAGCAUUCCUUGCAUACGGAGGUUACUUUGAUCAACAAUACCGUGAGAUGCUGCUUCAAAAAUGGACAAGUCAUCUCUUAUCCGCCAAUAUCCAAUUCAAACAAGAAUUAUCAUUGACAGAAUAUUUAUCAACAGCCGAUGAUCGUUUAUCUUGGCAAGAAAAUUCACUUCCAGCAGACGACCUUUGUACAGAAAAUGCUAUUAUGCUUAAUAGAUUUAAUAGAUAUCCUCUAAUAAUUGAUCCAUCCGGUCAAGCAUCUGCAUUCUUGUUAAAUGAAUUUAAAAACAAAAAGAUUACUGUUACAAGUUUCUUGGAUGAUUCCUUUAUCAAAAACUUGGAAAGUGCUCUUCGUUUCGGUAAUCCAUUACUAAUUCAAGACGUUGAACAUCUUGAUCCUAUUUUAAAUGCUGUUCUUAAUAAAGAAUUACGUCGUACUGGUGGUCGUGUUUUGAUUCGAUUGGGAGGUCAAGACAUCGAUUUCUCUCCAUCAUUUACUCUAUUCCUUUCAACACGUGAUCCUUCCGUAAACUUCCCUCCCGACGUUUGUUCCCGUGUGACGUUCGUUAACUUUACAGUCACACGUGGUAGUUUACAAAGUCAAUGUCUCAACCAAGUACUUAAAGUUGAAAGACCUGAUACUGAUCAAAAAAGAACAGAUCUUAUUAAAAUCCAAGGAGAAUUCAAAUUGAAACUUCGUCACCUUGAGAAAUCCCUCCUGCAAGCUUUGAAUGAAUCAAAGGGCAACAUUUUGGAUGAUACAAUAGUUUUAGAUACGUUAGAAAAAUUGAAAACAGAAGCCGCCGAAAUUACUAAAAAAGUAGAAGAAACUGAUAAUAUUAUGCAAGAAGUUGAGCAAGUCACAGCUCAAUAUACUCCAUUGGCUCAAGCUUGUAGUUCAGCCUUUUUCGUAAUGGAGCAAAUGAAUUUAUUACAUCAUUUUUACCAAUUCUCUCUCGAAUUUUUCUAUGAAAUUUUCCAAUAUAUUCUUCAUGGAAAUCAAAACCUUCAAGGUGUUACCGAUACCGAUGAAAGAUUAAGAAUCCUCAAGCGUGAUCUUUUUGCUGUAACUUUCCGUCGAGUAUCGCGGGCCCUUUUACAUGAAGAUUAUAUUAUAUUCGCAAUUUUACUUUCACAAAUCAAUAUACGUAAUUCAAAAAAUCAAAUAGAUGAAUCUGAAUUCGAUUUCUUGUUAAGUGGCGGAGAUGUUGUUCCAGGAUCAAAAACUACACCACGUGAAUUAGGGUUACGUGAGAAUCUUUUCGAUAGUGAUCAACUUUGCAAAAUCAAAGAAUUUACGGUUCUCCCGUGUUUCUCCGAUCUUGCUAAAAAAAUUGCUAACAAUCCCCAAGAAUGGAUUGAAUUUAUGGAACAUGAUUCUGCUGAGAAAGCUGUACCUGAAAUAUGGGAACCUUCAUUACCUCCAACUGUCAUACAAUUACGCAAAAUGUUAUUAGUUAAAUGUUUCCGUCCAGAUAGACUUAUUCCAGUUGUAUCUGAAUUUGUUUCUAAAGCAAUCGAUUCAUCCUUUUUGAACCAAGGCGAGUUAGACUUUAAGGCUUUAGUUCUGGAUGAAAUUAAACCAUCUACACCAAUUGCUCUGUGUUCAAUUCCUGGAUAUGACGCUAGUUAUCGUGUUGAUAACCUCGUAACUGAACUUAAAGUCCAUUGUACAUCCGUGGCCAUGGGAUCACAAGAAGGAUUUACAUUGGCUGAUCAAGCCAUUGCCUCAUCAAACAAAAAUGGAAAUUGGGUGUUAUUAAAAAAUGUUCACCUUGCACCUUCUUGGUUAGGUCAAUUGGAAAAGAAACUACAUAGUAUGAAAGCGCAUAAAAAUUUCAGACUUUUCCUAACUAUGGAAACAAAUCCAAAAGUUCCAGUAAAUUUACUAAGAAUGAGUCGAAGUAUAAAGGCUAAUCUUCAAGAUUCACUCAAGAGUAUCUCUCCAAAUCGUCUAGCGAAAGGACCCAACGAACGCGUUCGUCUAUACUUCAUGCUUGCUUGGUUACAUGCAAUUGUGCAAGAGCGUCUACGUUAUGUACCUCUGGGUUGGACUAAAAUUUAUGAGUUCAAUGAUUCCGAUCAAGAUUUCGCAAUUAAUACUAUUGAUGCAUGGUUAGAUUCAGUCGCUCAGGGCAGGAGCAAUAUUGCCCCAGAUAAAAUCCCAUGGGAAGCCAUCCGUACACUUAUUUGUGUGGCGGGAUACGGAGGUCGUAUUGAUAAUGAAUUCGAUAAACGUCUCUUGGAAUCAUUUGUAAAUGAACUAUUCACUCCCGCCGCCUACGAUCUUGAAUUCCCUCUGGUCGAUUCCGAUGAUACCAAUAAAUUAGCCAUUCCAGAGGGUAGUAAAAUGGACCACUUUAUGAAUUGGGUCAAUAAAUUACCAGAACGCGAACCUCCAAUAUGGUUAGGAUUACCAAGUAACGCAGAAAAAGUUUUGGCCACAGCGAAAGGAUAUGCAAUGUUAGUCAAAGUUAAAAAGAUGAAGAGUUUAUCGGAUGAUGACGAAACCGAGUAUUCCCAAGACUCAGGAGCACAAACAUCAGCACAACCAGCAUGGAUGCGUUCCUUGUAUUCAACUGUCGAUAAUUGGUUAAAGACUUUACCAGAAAAAAUACCAGUAAUGAAUCGAACCCCUGAGAGUAUAAAGAAUCCAUUAUUCAGAUUCUUCGAUCGUGAGAAUUCAAUCGGCCGUAAACUCCUUAAAUCUAUUCGCAUAGAUUUAGAAAACAUCAAGAAGGUGUGCGAUGGUGAACUUAAGCAAACCAAUCAUUUGCGUAUGUUGCUUAGUUGCUUAACAAAGGGUAUUAUACCCGAUCAUUGGAGAAAAUACAAAGUUCCUAAGACAGUGUCUCUUAAUCAUUGGAUUGGUGAUUUCAAGAGUCGAUUACAACAAGUUGAAAAUAUAACAAAGGAAAAUGAUUACGCAAGCAUGCAUGUCUGGCUUGGAGGAUUUUUCAUGCCUGAAGCAUAUAUCACUGCUACACGUCAAGCGGUAGCUCAAGCACAUAAAUGGUCUUUGGAAGAGCUUACUUUGGAAAUUGAUUUAGAUAAAUGUGGAGACCCCGAUUCAUUCGCAAUCACAGGCGCAAUAUGGAAAGAUGAUAAAGUUCAACUUGACAUAACACCAUUAAACAAAUUAGAUUUAUCACAAAUUAGAUGGGUUCUCAAAUCAAAGGCUACUCCCGUUACAGAAGCUACUAUAAACCUUCCAGUUUAUCUUAAUGAGGAUCGCAGUGAAUUGCUUUUCAUUAUUAAUGCGAAUGCUAAAUUAUCCGAUAAAAAUAAGAUUACACAACGUGGUGUUGCAGUUAUCCUUUAA